CCCCGACCCCCCCCGGACCCCCCCGGGACCCCCCGGGACCCCCCCGGCACCCCGGGACCCCCCGGCGCCAGCCGCAGGCCCUGCCACGUUUCCCACCAUGGGGGACAUGAAAACUCCAGACUUCGAUGACCUGCUGGCGGCUUUCGACAUUCCCGACAUCGACACCAACGAGGCCAUUCACUCUGGCCACGAGGAGGCCGACGCUCACAUCAAGCAGGUCCCUGGGGAGCCGGGGCCCCCCGAGCACGUGCUGCCGCACAGCGACAUCGGCGCCGUCAGCGUCAUCGUGAAGAACACGGUGUGCCCCGAGCAGCUCGACGCCCUGGACGGCCGCGGCAAGGAUGGGCACGUCCUGGGGCCCCGCCUGCUGCAGAACGGCUUUGGGGCCGCCGAGAUGCCCAGGUCACCCCCCUCCAGGCCUGGGGAGGCCGUGGCCUCGUCCAACGGGGAGUGUUGGGUGAAGGAGAAAGGCCCCAAAGCCCUGGAUAUCUUCUCGCAUUUUAGCCCCGACCCCAACGAGGACAACGCCGCCAACCUCAUCGACAGGCCCCGGGAGUGUAAGCCCAAAGAGAAAUCCCUGGCCGUGCCUUCCCUCUCCCCCUCUCCCACCUCGUCCUUGGACUGCAAGGAGCCCCUGGCAGAGGGCUCGGAGAACCUGCCCCCGGCUUUCCCGCAGCCCUUCGACACCGGCCCGGCCGGGGGCACCGGCGGGUCCCCUCCCGCCGUCCCCUGCAUCAAGAAGGAGGAGUCAGACUCGGAGGAGGUGGGUCGCCACGCCAGCCCCAAGGGUUUGGUGGCGGCAUCCCUGGGUGACAGCCCCCUGGGUCACCUCAAGUCCGUGACCGUUCACUACGCCGCCGCCGACUCUCCCGUGGCGGCCUGGCCGGGCUCCGAGCCGAGCCUGGGCGGCAGCGGCGGCCUGGCCGAGGUGAAGCGCUCGCCCCCCAGCCCCCGCGAGCCCUUCUUCAAGCCUCCCUCGCCCCUGGUGCAGAGCCCCAGGCUCCCCCCGUCCCCGAAGGCGCUGGACAGCGUCGCCCUGAAGGAAGAGCGCCAAGUCCUGGAGAAGGCGAUGGGAAGCCCGCAGAGCAUGUCCAGCGCUGAGGAAGAGGAGGAGGAGGAGGAGGAGGAGGAGGAGGAAGAGAACAACAACGAUUCUCCUUCCUCCAAUUCCUCCCGACCCCUGAAAGUGAGGAUCAAAACCAUCAAGACGUCCUGCGGCAGCAUCACGCGGACGGUGACCAGGGUGUCGUCGGACUCGGAGCCGGGCUGCGCCAAGGGGCCGCCGGAGCAGAGCCCCCCGGGCGUGGCGCUGGACGGCGGCGGCUUCGCGGCGGCCGAGAGGGACGAAGGGGUGGCGCUGGAGGCGCCCAAGGAGAAGACGGAGCUCUCCAGCCCCCUGAAAACCAUCGAGGGCCCCAAGAUCGUCAGCGUCCAGCUGGGCAACGGCACGAAGCUGAAGGGCACGGUGCUGCCCGUCUCCACCAUCCAGAGCGCCAGCAGCGCCAUGCUGAUCGCCGCCAGCGUGGCCCAGCAGAAGUCGGUGGUGCUGCCGGCCAAGACGGGCAAAGCCGUGGCCAAGAACAUCAUCAACCUGGUGCCGCAGGCGCUGCCCAAAGCCGACACCAGGACCAACGUCAGCGGCGUGACGCAGACCAGCACCGUCACCACCACGGCCAACCAGAAGCUCAACGGCACCACGGUGGUGAUGGUGCAGCCGCAGAAGCCUUCGCCCGCCGUGGCCGGCACCGUCAUUUCCCGCAGCCAGUCCAGCCUGGUGGAAGCCUUUAACAAGAUCCUCAACAGUAAAAACCUCCUGCCCACCUACAAACCCAACCUGAACCCUCCGGCCGACGCCAGCCUGGCGCUGCCGCCCUUCGGCUACCGCUGCCUGGAGUGCGGCGACUCCUUCGCGCUGGAGAAGAGCCUGGCCCGGCACUACGACCGGCGCAGCAUGCGCAUCGAGGUCACCUGCAACCACUGCACCAAGCGCCUCGUCUUCUUCAACAAGUGCAGCUUGCUGCUGCACGCCCGGGAGCACAAGGACAAGGGGCUGGUGAUGCAGUGCUCGCACCUGGUGAUGAGGCCCAUCGCGCUGGAUCAGAUGAUCGGGCAACCCGACAUCACCCCCCUGGUCUCAGUCGCUUCCUUCCCGGCUGGAAAAGUCACCGGCGUGGCUCAGGACGCCUUGGCCGCUGCCAACGGGGCUCAGGACCUGCCCAUCCUGCCUCUGGGAGGUGGUGCUGAGCAGAGCAACUACAGCUGCUUCAGGUGCCUGGAGUGCAAAGAGCAGUGCAAGGACAAAGCCGGGCUGGCAGCGCACUUCCAGCAGGCUGUGGCCACGGGGACCACCAGCAGCACCGUCUGUACGACGUGUCCCAUGAUCAUGUCCAAUCGCUGCAGCUUCAACGCCCAUCAGCGGAUGCACAAGAACCGUCCCCCCCACGUCUGCCCCGAGUGUGGGGGGAAUUUCCUCUUGGCCAACUUCGAGAGCCACCUGAAGGAGGCCUGUCUGCACUUCUCCCGCCGCGUGGGCUACAGGUGUCCCAGCUGCUCGGUGGUCUUCGGUGGGGUCAACUCCAUCAAGUCCCACAUCCAGACCUCCCACUGCGAGGUGUUCCACAAGUGCCCCAUCUGCCCCAUGGCGUUCAAGUCGGCCCCCAGCGCCCACGCUCACGUCUACACGCAGCACCCCGGCUUCGGCAACCAGCAGUCCAAAAUGAUUUACAAGUGUGCGAUGUGUGACACGGUCUUCACCCACAAGCCCCUCCUCUCCUCACACUUCGACCAGCACCUGCUCAACCAGCGUGUCAGCGUCUUCAAGUGUCCCGACUGCCCCCUGCUCUUCGCCCAGAAGCGCACCAUGCUGGAGCACCUCAAGAACACUCACCAGCCCCAGAAGGCCAAGGAGGACCUGGCCAAGAAGGCGACCAUCCUGCUGACACCGAAGCAGGAGCCCAUCGAGACGCCCGUGUCCAAGAUAUCGGAGGAGUCGUCGUCCUCGUCGGAGGAGGACGAGCCGCCCAGUUCCCCGGAGCUGCGCAAGACCAAGCGCAGCCGCUUCCAGCGCAAGACGGUCACCAAGUCCAAGGGCAGCGGCUGGACGUGCGGCGUCUGCCACUCCUGGUUCCCCGAGCGCGACGAGUACGUGUCCCACAUGAAGAAGGACCACGGGAAGUCAGUGAAGAAGUUCCCGUGUCACCUGUGUGAACGUUCCUUCUGCUCCGCUCCGAGCCUCCGCAGACACGUGCGAGUGAACCACGAAGGGAUCAAGCGCGUCUAUCCCUGCAGAUACUGCACCGAGGGCAAACGGACCUUCAGCAGCCGCCUCAUCCUCGAGAAACACAUCCAGGUGCGACACGGGAUCAAGGUGACCGACCAGCCCAAGAGCCAGGAGGUCGUUAUCGCCCGGAUAGGGGCCGGCCCCACGCAGGUGCCGGGUCGGAAGCGGAAGCUGUCGUCGGACGAGGGCGACUCGUGCAGCGAGGAGCCCGACAGCACCACCCCCCCGUCCAAGACCCCCAAAGGCGAGCGCAAGGCGCCGUUCCGCUGCCGCAAAUGCGGGUACCUGGCCAGCAGCUCGGCCGACUUCCAGCAGCAUAUCCCCCAGCACCGGACUGACGAGAGCUCCCACCAGUGCCGCGAGUGCGGGCUCUGCUUCACCUCCCAGGUGUCCCUCAACCGCCACCGCUUCAUCACCCACAAGAAGAAGAAGGGAGCGGGGGACGCGGAGGAGCCGGGGCCGCGCAGCCCCCUGGACGCGGCCGCCCAGCACGCGGCCGACGGCAAACUCUCCUGCAAGGUGUGCGGCCGCUGCUUCGACACUCAGCUCAACCUCAAGACGCAUUUCCGCACGCACGGCAUGGCCUUCAUCCGCGCCCGCCAGAGCGCCGGCCCCGACAACUGAGCCCGCGGCGGGACGGCACCGGGCUGCGGGGACGCGGCAACCCCGGGCUCCGGCGCCCUCCCGGCUGCGGGGCCGCCGAGGACAAGGUUUGGGGGCGGGCUCCGAGUGGCCGGCGCAGCCCCGGCUCGGCCAGGGCUGGGGGGGUGUAGGGGAGGAAGGGCCCAGCGCCUCGGUUGCUGCCGGCUCCCGGCGCUGCCCGGCCUGGACAUGCGUCGUGCGGCACAGUCGGGGCCGAGCUGCCGCCCGGCUCCUGGCAGCGGCUGCGGCGGUUCGUGGCCGGGAGCUGGGGAGACUCUGCCAGGGCCAGGCCGACACCACCACGGCGAAAUCCACCUUUUCUCCUCGGUUCUGGCCCUGCUGAGUGUUGCUCGGUUGGUGUCUCGCUGGGAGCUGCAGCCGGUUCCAGCCCCGCGGCCCCUCCUGGGCUUCACCAGCCCUCGCUCUGUGCUGUGCCGGGGGGCUGAGGGGCCUCCCCCGGGGAGGAGGAGGAAGAGAAUCUUCAUCAGAGAGAAAAACAGAAGCCAAAAAGCGGCCUCUGGGCAGGAUCAGCCCCAACCUCACGGCACCAGCACUGCGAAGCCGCCCGGAGCGUUCCCCGGCCGGGCCCGUCCCGGCACAAACACCAACGGUGAGUCCUGGGGGGGCUUUUCGGGGGCCACCCCCCCGUUUUCCACUUCCCCACCCCGCUGUGCUCGGCCUCAGCUGCUGCUGCUCCUCCUCAAGGCCACGGGGCCCGUCCCAGCUCCCCUCCCUGGGGAAUGUGGGGCAGGAGGGGCCCAGACACAGCAGCCACAGCCCCUCGGUGCUUGUGCUGUUGUGGGGGGGGGUGGGGGGCUCAGCCCCCAGCGUUGGGCCCCCCCUCCCCUGUGAAUAAGCCCCUAACGCUCUGUAAAGUUGUAUCAUACACUAAAAGUGACAGAAACCAAA